UGGCAGGUGACCAAUAUACAACUGCCAACUGUGGUGGGGGCAUCUGUACAUCAGGAACACCGAGAACAUACCGCCUCUGGGCUCUACACGGUGCUGUCUGUACUGCUACCAACUUCACACACGUGCCACAUCGGAUCCUGACCAGAACCUAGAAAUGUCCAUUUGGCACCAAAGAGUUUAUGGCACGUCAGAAUAUCUCAGCGAUUUUUCUGUUUUCUGUCACCUCUUUGCAACUAUGUCGGCCCAAACUUUUAUCAUGUCCAACAAAAAAGAAGACAAGGGGAAGAAUAUCCAGGUUGUUGUAAGAUGCAGACCCUUUAAUCAGAUGGAGCGAAAGGCCAAUUCUCAUUCGGUGUUAGAAUGUGACCCCCAGCGAAAAGAGGUUUCAGUCCGGACUGGUGGUAUAAAUGACAAACUGGGGAAGAAAAACUAUGCAUUUGAUAUGGUCUUUGGCCCUUCAGCUAAGCAGAUUGAAGUGUACAGGAGUGUAGUAUGUCCCAUCUUGGAUGAGGUUAUUAUGGGCUAUAACUGCACCAUUUUUGCUUAUGGUCAGACUGGCACAGGGAAAACCUUCACUAUGGAAGGUGAAAGAUCUGCUGAGGAGGAGUUCACUUGGGAACAGGACCCUCUGGCCGGUAUAAUUCCUCGGACUCUUCACCAGAUAUUUGAGAAGCUUUCUGAGAAUGGCACAGAGUUCUCAGUAAAAGUCUCUUUGCUGGAAAUCUACAAUGAGGAACUCUUUGACCUUCUGAGUCCUACACCUGACGUCGGUGAGAGGCUCCAGAUGUUUGAUGAUCCCCGCAACAAAAGAGGAGUCAUAAUCAAGGGGCUGGAAGAAGUGACCGUACACAACAAGGAUGAAGUCUAUCAUAUCUUAGAAAGAGGAGCAGCAAAGAGAACCACAGCAUCCACUCUGAUGAAUGCUUAUUCCAGUCGGUCUCACUCAGUGUUUUCAGUCACCAUUCACAUGAAAGAAACUACAGUUGAUGGAGAAGAGCUAGUGAAAAUUGGGAAGCUAAAUUUGGUGGAUUUGGCUGGCAGUGAGAACAUCGGUCGCUCCGGAGCUGUAGACAAGAGAGCCCGAGAGGCUGGAAAUAUUAACCAGUCUCUGCUGACGCUGGGUAGAGUUAUCACCGCUCUGGUAGAGAGAGCCCCACAUAUUCCAUACAGGGAGUCCAAGCUCACUAGGAUCCUCCAGGACUCUCUAGGAGGAAGGACAAAAACCUCAAUCAUUGCUACAGUCUCUCCAGCCUCCAUUAAUUUAGAGGAAACUGUAAGCACUCUGGAAUAUGCCAACCGAGCAAAGAAUAUUCUGAAUAAACCAGAGGUGAAUCAAAAACUCACCAAGCGGGCCCUAAUAAAGGAAUACACGGAGGAGAUUGAGCGAUUGAAGAGGGACCUUGCAGCAGCCAGAGAGAAGAAUGGAGUCUACCUCUCUAGUGAAAACUACGAGCAGCUUCAGGGUAAAAUAGUAUGCCAAGAAGAGCAGAUCUCAGAAUUUACUGAUAAAAUUGCAGCUAUGGAGGAGGAGCUUAAGAGGGUUACAGAGCUGUUCUCUGAGAGUAAGAAGGAGCUGGAGGAGUGUAACACGGUGCUUCAAUGUAAGUCCAAAGAACUAGAUGAAACCCAGAAGAAUCUACAGGAAUCUAAAAUUCAGCUGGCUCAGGAGGAGUUUGUAGUAUCUGCAUUAAAGGUCACAGAGAAGAAACUUCACAACACUGCUAAUAAGCUGCUGAGCACUGUUAAAGAGACCACAAAGGAUGUGUCGGGUCUCCAUGCCAAACUAGAUCGCAAAGCAGCAGUGGAACAUCACAAUGCCCAGGUCCAUGGGAAGUUUGCAGAAGAAAUGGAUAAAAUGUUUAGCACAAUUCAGAGAUCUGUGGAUGAAUAUCAUACAAAGCAGCAGGCGAAGUUGGAUGGCUACACCAGCUCCAUAAAUGACCUCCUCUCUGUCAGCUCUUCAGCUUUAAGUGCCACAGCCUCUGCAGUGUCCAAAUCCUUCAGUACGGUCCAGGAUACAGUGUCCAGUCAGGUGACUCGUAGCUUGGAUGCAAUAGUAAAGCAGGAAGGCUUAUCGACCCAAGCAAAGGAAGAGCUGCUGAAACAGAUGGAUCAGCAUCGGCUUGCUCUGCAAAAAGCCCUGGCCUCAGACCUGUUGCCAAUUGUAACCUCAGUUUUGGGUCUAAAUUCUCAGAUGAGUCUAUGCUUGCAGAAUUUCUCUGCUGUUGCCGACAAGGUUGACUCUCAUAAAGAAGAAAUGGACCGGUUCUUCACAGAACAUUCAAUGACUUUGCACAAGUUGCGUCUGGAGUCGACUUCGGCCCUUUCCACUAUUCAGGCAGAGUCUGAGAAUCUGAAAGAAGAGCUUCAGGCUGCCCAGACUCUGCAUUCACAGGGACUGAACAAUCUCCUAUCUUUGCUACAAAACCAGCUAAAUCUCUUUGCCACGGAAACAAAUAAGAGCUUUGAGGGUCUUCUUGUGAAAGGAGGAAAGCUGAAGAAUUCUGCAGUUCAGUUCCAGAAAGAUCUGGAUAACGUAUCCUCAGAAGCCAUUGAACAAACUUCAAGUCAUCACAAGGUAUUCGUAGACCAGAGCGGAGGGGUCGCCAAUGAGAUCCGGCACCUGGUGGGAUCAGACAUAAACACCAUAGAGGAAUCCAAUAGGCUGUGUGACCAGCUCAACACCAACAUCACCACCCUGUCUCAAGAAAGCAAGAGCUGGUGUGAGACAACCACCAACAAAAUGGUUUUUACCAUGGAACAGCAGGAUUGCUACUUACAGGCUACAAAAACCCAGCUUCAAAGCUUCCACAAGGGUAUAGAAGACAGCUGCACCUCUUCAGUGGCUCAGAUUUCAGACAUGGUGAACCUGCAGACACUUGCUGAGGAAAAAGCCUUAGCCAGCCUAGCUGAACAGGUAAUCGGUGGUAAGGAACUGACCACAGAGCAGCAGCUGGAGAUUCGUGAGCAUGCAGGAGCUGGCUGGAAUAUAGUCACUUCUUACCUUAAGGAAGAACUCCGAAAUGACAUCCCAACAGGAAUGACACCUCAGAGGAGAGAAUAUACUUACCCAUCUUCUCUUAUAAAGACCCAUCCAAGAGACAUCCUUCUAGAACAAUUCAGAAAGCAGCAUGAGGAGUUUCAGGAGGUGGUAAACAGUGUGGUGUCCAUAUCAGAAGAGCCUGUGGAUCAGGACUCCCUUGAAGAUGAUCCCGUUGUGAAUGACAGCAUUGUGAGUGAGAAAUCAAUCAUAGAUGUCAAUGUAGUCUGCCAGGAAACUUGCGGUGUCCCCUUUUUUCAGCAAAGGAAAGGACACAAAAAAGAAAAGGAAAACAAAGCAAAUUUAUCAAGCCUGGAACGAUCGAAACUCACAGAAGAUGGUGAAUUCCCUUUACCCAGGUCUAAACUUCCCCUAAGAAUCCAGAACUGAGCUGCGACACUCCUGGUGUAAAUAGUCUCCCUGGUCUAAGAACAUUUUAAUAUUUUUAAACUUUUUGUGUCUUUUUUUUAUUUUUUUCAUGUUGAUCUCUAAACUUCUGGUCUCUUUCCUAUUGCUGUUGUCUCCACUUAACUCUUUUUUUUAUAUGUUACAACAUUAAACCUCACCGGUUUCAUUAUUGGCAGCUGGAACAACCAUUCUGCAAAAUUAUUUUGUUUCUUGUUAAUAAACAUGUUUUACAUUUUAUUUUAUCAAUUAAAAUAUCUAAUGCAUAUUUAUAGAUGUCAGCUUAGAAGAAUUAUAUACAAUGG